GUAAAAUACAAAUAAAACAGUCAAGACACCACUCCAACAUCCGCCGAGUUUGCCGGUGAAAAUGAGUCGCUGCUGUUGCAUGGGAUGGGUGGCUGUCUGCGCAUUGCUGGGGUACGUGUAUGCAGAGCGUUCUGCCACAGUCCAGUUCUCGUCCGCUGUUAUCUGGCCGUCCGCGCUCGACGAUACCCUCACCAUCGACGAGCAUGAGGUGCGAUCCACAGGAGACAUGACCGUUGUGUACGACACCAGCAUCGACCUGACCAACAAGUUCGAGUGGCAUCCGUCCGUGGAUCAUGUGGAGGUGAGCGUUGUCCGUACCCCAACACUGUCCGACACGAGUCUUUGGACCAACUACAUCGGACCCACCGUGAAGACCCUGCAUGAGGCCGCGGGCGUGCACGUCCGAGUGCACCACCGCGGGUCGUCGUCGGAUCUGCUCGACAUUCAACGGCACGCGUCGGUCGUCUUGACCAGUUUGUUCGGCACAUCCGAUGGGUCCAUCGAUGAUCCCAUUGCGUUUGCAUCCACCGUCGUGUAUGCGAAUGCUUCCUGCGACCUUUCGACGUCCGUCCUCGUUCACACGAGCAGCCCAAGCCCUUCGCCCACUCAACGAUCUUCGUUCUGUCUCGUGAGCUCACGCGAUGCUUUGCACGUGGUUGCGCCAACGCUGUUCCCAUCUACUCAACCGACUCCAUUGGACUCCGCCGUCCAACGCACCAUCCACCUGGUCGGUGGCAUUCAACUGUCGAGCGCUUGGCAAACGAGGGCCACUCACUUUUCGCUCGACAAGUCGCAAGUGCUGCACAUGCAGGAAGUGGUGUCGUCAACCGCCAAGGGUCAUGACCACGUGCGCAUCACGUCUCCGCAGUUGGCCAAGAAGUCUCAUGUGGUUGGUUCCAUUGUGCACGGAGCGGCACAUAUCCUGUCGUUGGUACAACCGACUGACGCUGACGCCAUCGUUGUGGUACCGUCCACCACUAGGCAUGAUGUCGUUCGGCGCGCGCAUUCUCGAAUGGUGGGGUCUGGAUUUCACCAAGUGCUGCGGUUGACGGUCGAGUCCCGCAUUGUUCCUGGCAACCUACACGACGAAAUAUGUUCGUUGUUGGUGUCGCAAACGUUUCCAACGACUGCGUAUGCCGACAUGGACGAGCUGCGGCGCAUGGAGCGCUUUCAUUCGUUUGAACGAGUGGUGUCGUAUGCCAAACACAUUGAAAUUGAACGCCCGGCCGCCGUGUCGAGCCAGCAUGUCGUCGCGUUCGUCGUGCAAUUGAACCGCGAGACGUCUACCAUUGACAUUCCUGUGCACUUUCGGUAUCAAUUUCCAUCGAAUACAACGUUGUACCGGCCGGUGCACCUCGUGGCGCCAUCGCUGCAUGUUCACUGCAAAACGGCCGCCGACGUGUCAAAGUCGACGGAUCAAGACGAGCUCCACACAGCAUUGUCGGGGUCGUCGCUGGAGGCGUUGGUACGCAGCGAACCGUAUUGGUCACGUGUUUCGCUGGAGCAACCCCUACAUGCCCUGGUGGUUCAGAUUCCAGUGGGUAAUCUGAACGAUGGACGCUUUGUGACCGCCGUGACAUUGCUGGUCAGCGUCGGGGGAUGCUUGCUGCUCUACCUCACGCUGCUCAAGAAACGCGACACUGCUUCGCCUUCAUCGUCGGCGGGACCGUCGCCCAGUUGGGUUCCGCGCCACACCAAGCAGGCGUAACUCGUCACCCCGUGCGCAAAUAAUUUUGAAAAUGACUUCCGUACAGCGGUUUCAUCCGUAUCCGUAAGCAAUUUAUCCGGAUAAUAUAAAUUCCAAAGUCCUCGA